AUGACUUGGGACUUCGAUCUCAAGAUCACUGGUCUACUGCCAAAAUGCACAUUCCAACAUCUCAAACAGAUUCAAGCCUUCCUCAUCACAACGUCCCUGGCGCAGAACAUUCCAAUCUUCUCCAAGUUUCUUCGCAGAAGCACCGAAUUCGGCACCAUGGGUUACUCGGAUGUGAUAUUCUCCCAAUUGGGUGAUCAUUUUUUGAACGAAACAAUCCUUUGGAACGUUAUGAUCAGGGGCUAUGCGUUCAAUGGACCCGUCGAGAAUGCCCUGUUACUGUUCGAUGAAAUGCUUCAGAGAGGAGUAAAGCCACAUAACUAUACUUACCCGUAUGUCAUAAGCUCGUGCUGUGAGUAUGGUUGGUAUAGGGAAGCGGAGAUCGUGCAUUGUCAGAUUGUGAAGUCUGGUUUUGAAUCCAACCCUUCCGUUGCCAAUUCCCUUUUUAAUAUGUACUUGAAAAUGCCGGCUUCGAAGCAGGAAACGACUGAUUCUAAAUUAACUAAUGCUCGCAAGGUGUUCGAUAAUAUGCUUGUGAGACCUGUAGAAGCCUGCAACCGACUGAUAACCGAGUACGGAAACUCGGGGGACAUCAAGUCGGCAAGGCGGAUGUUUGAGAACAUGAAGGAAAGAGACGUUGUCUCCUGGAAUUCCAUGAUAUCGGGCUAUGCCAAAGCUGGAGAAGUAGCAAACGCAAGGGAAUUAUUUGACAGUAUGCCUGAAAGGAAUGUCAUCUCCUGGACUAGCAUGAUCGGAGUGUAUGCUGACGCGGGUGAUCUAGAAACAGCAAGGCAAGUGUUCGACGAAAUGCCUCACAGGAAUGUGGUGUCAUGGAAUUCAAUGAUCUCAUGUUACAUCCACCACAGCAAAUUCGAAGAAACAUUAUCUCUCUUUCUUCAAAUGCAGUCCGAAGGGUUGUUGCCCGAUGGCUACACUUUUGUCUCUGCCCUGCUAGCAUGUUCUAAGCUAGGCGACUUGGAAUUUGGGAGGUACGUGCACUGCCUAAUAAGGGAUUGGUCUCAACUACGAGUCAUGGUGGGCACUGCCCUUGUAGAAAUGUAUGCCCAGUGUGGAGACGUGAACAGAAGCUUCUCCAUCUUUACCAAGAUCGGGAACAAGGACGUGUUCUGCUGGAAUGUAAUGAUCAGGUCGUUAGCCAUUCAUGGAAGAGCAGAAGAUGCCAUCAAGUUGUUCUGGUCGAUGCAGAAGGCGGGUACAAAGCCAAACGAUUAUAGUUUCACAAGCACCUUGUUUGCUUGCAGCCUUGGAGGUUUGCUCGAGGAAGGGCGCAGAAUCUUUGCUAGCAUGGCCAGAGACUACCAGGUUAGGCCAAAGAUUGAACAUUACGGUUGUAUGGUUGACUUGCUCUGCCGAAACGGUCAAGUUGAGGAGGCACAAGUUUUAGUGAGAAAUAUGCCUUACGAGCCUGACACUGCUAUAUUGGGAGCUCUGCUUGCGGGUUGCAAAGUGAGGGGCGAUGUCAAGUCUGCAGAGACUGUGGGGAAGAGAGCUAUGGAGUCUACAGCAGAAGAGUCAGGAGUUUAUGCACUUUUAUCAAGUAUACAUGCCGAUGCAGGUCAGUGGCCUGAGGUUCAAGAAGCAAGAGAGAAGAUGGACGAAAUGAAGAUUCAUAAGACAACUGGUAUAAGUAAUUAUCAUGCAGAGGCUUGUUAG